AGAUUGUUUUAGUCCGAAAAUAACUCGACGUGGUAACGGUUCGGUCACGGUGUGGAUACUUUUUUAUGAAAUUCAACGUUUGUUCCUUUAGUUUUCAAAAAUUCAUCAGCUAAAAAAAUAUUUUAAAGGAAAAAUCGUUUUUCAAGAAAAAAAAAUUCAAAAUAUUGUUAUCAAAAUUUCUUUGAAAUUCCUUCGUGUACAAAAUCUAUCCUCUCAAUCCUUUUCUGUUUUUUAUUUUUUCGGGAGAAAAAUCAAACAGGAUGUUAGACGCCAAAAAUACCAACAAGAAACGCCAGUUGAAUAUUAAAUUAGCUACAUUCUUCUUCUGAGACUAAUCGAAUUUUGGGUAAAAACAAAACGAAAACAAAAAUUACAUCGAAACUUUUUCGUCGAAAUCAAGUCCUUUUUCUGUUUAUUUGUAAAAGAAAGAAAAAAAAAAUAUAAAGAGGAUUAAAGGAAACAAAUUUAUAGAUUUCCUUUAUGUGCUAGUGGAUUACCAGUGUUGUGUUCAAUAGUGUAAAGUGUGAUAUCCGGAGUAAUUCAAUUGAAAGAAGUCCUUUUUCGAAAACAUCAUCAAAGGAUUUAAAGAAAAAGAUAAAAAAAAGUCAAAGUUGAGAAAUAGUUUUGAGAGUUUUAUUUGUUUUGUAAUUUCUUGAGUUGAGAAAAAGAAAAUAAAACAGCACAAUCAUUAUUAGCACAUCGAGUAGUAGUUUUGCUAGUGGUAGCCGUACCAGUAGCACCAGUAGAAGCAGGAGUAGCAGCAUCAAAAUGCUAGUUACUCCUACAGAACCCAAUAAUGGCCAAACGCCGCCACCGCCACCACAACAUCAACCAUCGACACCAAGUCGCACACCAUCGAUACUUGAUAGUCCAACUUUGGCACGCGUCGAACGUGCCCGAUUAAGAUUGGAGGCAAGUAAUCAACAGCAACAGCAUCAAGGCAAUGGCAGCAAGCGGGAGGAUAGUCUAGAGCGAAGCAUUUUAGAUCCAAAGAAAGAAGUACCAUGGCAUCAAGUUUGGACACAUAUGAAGCGUUUCUCCAGUCAUGGUAAAGUCAAUACAAGUACAUUGACCAAACCAGAGCAGGGAAAUUUAACCAAUUGCAAGGAUAGCCUUACGAAAGUUUGUUUUCAACCAGAAAUUAUGCAGUCACUAUUGGCAGGACGUAUUCCAGUUGCAUCGAUGACAGGACCCAUUAAACGCGGCCUAUUGUGGCAGCAACGUGAUCGGUUAUUUUCACGAUGGAAAGAAAGGUAUUUCGUUCUUACUCGUGACUACCUGCAUUGCUUUAAACGUGCUUCGGGAUCAGCAAACGAACGGGCCUCUGACAUGGGACAAUUUAUUUUUAAGGUUAAACUCGUAGAUGUUGAAAAAGUUGAAUGGCUCAAUCGUCGUUCGUACAGUGCAAUCGGUUUGCUUCUCGGUCGUGAGGGUCGUGUACUCCUACGUUGCGACGAAGGUCUAGAAGAUUGGUUUGAAUUGCUUGAGGAAUGUACAGUAACAUCGAAAGAACGCCGGCGUGCACUUAAAAUCACGCAAGGUCCAAGAUCGCGUGCAUCGCUUGCGGCUCCAGUUUCACAUGCAUCGCUACAGGCACAUCACUUUGGUCUGGGCGGCACAUAUUCUAGCGCCCUAGACGACUGGCGGCAUUACAAGUUGAAUGGCAAUUCAGCCAAUCAGUUCCUCUUCUCUGAUUCUGUGCCUGAUUUGAGUGCGUUGAAUAAUGAGAAUCAUAAUAGUGGCAUGUCAACUAACCACUCAACCCCGCAAAAGAUUCCCUAUUCGAAUAACUUGAAUCUCAGUCGAUACUCAAACGGGUAUGCUAGCCAGAAUAGUUCCUUCUCGAAUGGACUCUAUGGUUCUCCCAGGAGGAUUUUCAUCAAUAGCAGUUUUGGAAGCAACCAUGUUGUGGAUGAAGAAGACGAGGAAGUUCAGCUUAGACGUCCAAGGAUGUUCAGGAAUAACAAUGAAAAUGGCAACGAACUGGAUAAAGACUGGUUAUACCGGAAGCCCAGAGCUCCUACAACCGACACAAGGCACUCAGUUCAAACAACCGACCUCGAUUACACGGCUAAUGACAGUGGUCUAGAUACUCCGCCCUCAACUCAUCGUCCGUCCAGUUACCGUGAUGUCAACCAUGCCAGUCCACGUGAUUCAACCGAAACCACUGUUAGUUCAUCGCGAGGCACCCUCUUGCACUCGCCUGGUGGGAGCUUCCGUUCAAAACACCUCAACCACAUCACAAACCUUAAUCAGGCAAACACCCUAAACGGCUCGCGGUACAGUGUCCAAGAACGCGUUCUCAAAAUACGCAACGAAGAAGAUCGUUGUUCAUCUAUCAAAUCAGUUAACCGUCUCAAUCACAAUGAACUUUAUGAUCCAAAUCAGAAUCGUUACUACAAGAUGAAUGGAAACCAAUCCCUGACACCACAACAUUCACCAGCAACAGCUGGCGGAAUUGGAGGAAAUGGUAAUGGCAAUGGUAAUACAUCUACGACAAACAGUGGUUCGGGUAUCUUUCGUGAAAGAUACCAGCACCCUGCUUUGGCUGCAAUCAUAAAUGAAUCGCAAGGCAUUAAGUUUAGAGAUCGUUCCUAUUCUGAUUGUCAGCAAGGUCCACCAAGACGUUCUGUAAAUAAUAAUCCAUCACCAACACCACGUCGUGCUCCCAUAUUUGGUACACCAACUCGUGUAUAGCGAUUAAAGAUUUAAUUAUUAUUUAAUAAUUUAUUUUCACAUCGCAAAUUAUGAAUUCGAACAACAAUGAAAAUGUAUUAAAUAAUAAUAAUUUAUGUAGUUUAAGAGCUAAACAACAACAACAGUUGCGUGUAAAUAAAAUUAUAAAUUUUUUCUUUUUAUUUUUGAAAAAUUAAACUUGUAGAAAAAAUUGGACUAAAACAGGAUAUUUUAGAAAGCAUUAUUAUGAUAUAUAAAAUAA